UCCGAGCGGGCCUGGCAGCGGGUGACCGGUGACCGGCGCCCGCCUCCCGCAGGCCGCCCGUCGUCGCCAUGCCGAGCCCCCGGAGCGGCCGCGAGCGGCGCGCCGGCAGCGGCGGGCGCCUGGAGUUCCUGUCGCUGAGCCAGCGCGGGCCCGCCGCACCGGACAGCCCGUCCCGCCGCCGGGAGCCCGCCGGCGCCGCCGGUGCCGCCCCGCUGCCCGAGGAGGACUGCAUGAAGCUGAACCCGUCCUUCGUGGGCAUCGCCCUCAGCUCCCUGCUCGCCAUCGACCUGUGGGCCUCCAAGCGCCUGGGGGUGUGCGCUGGGGAGGGCUCGGCCUGGGGCAGCGCCCGCCCGCUCAUGAAGGUCAUCGAGGUGUCGGGGCACGGCAUCCCCUGGGUGCUCGGCACCGUCUACGGGCUCUGGCACACCGACAGCCCCGCGGCCAGGGAGGUGCUGCUCAACCUGCUCUUCGCGCUGCUGCUGGACCUGCUGAUGGUGGCCGUGGUGAAGGGGCUCGUCAAGCGGCCGCGGCCCACGCACAACAAGAUGGACAUGUUCGUCACCGUCUCGGUGGACAAGUACUCCUUCCCCUCGGGCCACGCCACCAGGGCCGCCCUCGUGUGCCGCUUCGUGCUGCGCCACCUGGUCCUGGCCGUGCCGCUGCGCGUGCUCGUGGUGCUCUGGGCCCUCAUCGUCAGCGUCUCGCGGGUCAUGCUGGGCAGGCACAACAUGACGGACGUGCUCUUCGGGCUGCUGCUGGGCUACGCGCUCUACGGCGUGGUGGAGCGCUGCUGGCUGUCCCCGGCCACCGCGCCCGCCCUCUUUGCGCUCUGGAGCCGCUGAGCGCCCUCGGCA